AUGUCAAACCCGCGUAUCACCCAGAAAGAACUGUUCUCCUUAGACGGCAAGACAGCAAUUUGUACGGGAGCGACUGGUGGGCUGGGGUCGGAAUUAUGUCUUUCUCUUGCCGAAGCUGGCGCACACAUCAUCUCGAUCCAGAUCCCAGGUGACGCUGGGGGUUUGAGGCUCGCCGAGUUGAUAAAGAGCACCGGUCGAAAGUUCCAGAGCCUUGAGUGCGACCUGAAAAGCGCCCCGUCUCUCAGAUCCGUCUUCAACAAGCUUUGGACCCAGGGCGUCGAGCCUGACAUUCUCCUGAAUUGUGCAGGCCUCAAUAUACGAGGUCCUAUUCAAGACAUGCAGGACGAUGAUAUAGACUUGAUAUUCGCCAUCAACCUAAAGGCUACUUAUGUUGCUGCGCAAGAGUUUGGAAGACGGCUCUUGAGCUUGCAGCGCCCGGGCAAGAUCAUCAACAUUGCGUCCCUCACUUCCUUCAUCGGCAUGUACAAUGUCUCUGCGUACUUCAAAACGCCUCUCACGACAAAUCUCGUACAAGAUGCCGAAUAUAAUGAUUUCAUCCUGAAGAGGACUCCAGCCGGCCGCUGGGGGGAGCCUCCCGAUCUAAGGGGAGCCCUGGUAUUCCUGGCCAGUGCCGCGAGUGACUUUGUCACUGGGACGAGUAUAGUCGUCGAUGGAGGAAUGCUCGGGAAAUAA